GCCGCCGCCGCCGCCGCCGCCGCUCGGGGCAAGUGUAGGUCACACGCCCCUCACGGACAAGUUCCCGAACCUCAGGAGCCAAACGGGGAGGCGGGCCGGGGUGUGAGGGAGCGCUGCAGGUCCUCCAACAAACCCGCACACCGGCACCACCACCGCAGGAAGCACAACCGGGAGGACCGUCCACCGCCGGCGGCGCCUGAACCCGAGCACCCCCGCCGCUGCCACACGCACUCCCGCCCGGUCCCCAGGGUGCCCUCCCUGUCGGACAGCACCGACGACCGGGCUCCUCUGUGCGAGCCGAGGGAGCUGAAAGGGGCCAGCAGUCCGUCCCCGUCCUCCUGCUCCCUGGUCCCGCUGUCCAGCAGGUCCUCCCGCCGCUCCCGGAGGUCCAGCGCCGCUUCUUCUGCAUCCGACAUCAAUUUACGCACCAUCCUCAACUCCCUGUUCGGACAGCCUGCGGGCGUUUCUGGACGGGCUGUCGAGGGAAAACGCUUCCUCUACACGUUCUUAUGGAGGUGUGUUGGUCUCUUCACCGCCGCCGAGGAGGAUUUCAGUAAGGAGGUCGUGGAUUCAGAUUUUGUAAAGGAGGAGCUCAUCGCUGCGGAUGUGGUCGAGUGUGUGUCUGUGGGCUGA